CGUACCGCAACCGUCCUCGGGGCGCUGCGUCAUGGCGACGCCGGCGAAGAAGUUACGCAUUUCCUAAUCGGAGUUUAUGGGACGUCGCCCUGGCGGACAGCAGAGGCACGCGUAAGUGCGAAAAUGUUUCUCCGCACUCCGUGUUACUGAGGCGAAAGUGGGACCGUUUCGUCUUCUGCGGGUGUUUCCGGUCGCUGUCCUUACCUGGGCUGCCAGUAUGGUGGAUUACAGCGUUGCAGAUGUGCCAGAGGCCUUAGUCUCAAAAGAGGCGGGCCUCCUUAAAACGGAGCAGCUGGCCCGAAUGAGAUUGCUGGAGUGUCCUCUGUGUUUGGAGCAGCUGGGUGUGUCAGCCAAGGUCCUGCCCUGCCAGCACACGUUCUGUGUGACCUGCCUGCAGAGGCGGGAGGCCGCCCACCCCCGGCUGCUCUGCCCAGAGUGCGGUGCGCCCGUCCCAGGCGGGACGGUGGCGGAGCUUCCCGCAAACCUCUUGCUAGUGCGGCUCCUGGAGGGGCUCCGGGGCUCCGCGGGGCCCAGCGGCGACAGACGGACAGGCCGCUGUGCCGUGCCCUCUGCUAGGGGCAGCUUGCCAGUCAGGGAGGGUCAGCAGCAGCAGGAGAGUCAACACAGAGAGACGCAAGGGCACAGGGAGCUUGCUGUCAGAGCUUCGAUGCAAAACCAACGAGGUGAUGCGUCAGGAGAGCUGGUCCUCACUCCUGGUAACAGUAUCGCCCCGAAACACAAAGUGGAGGAAAGCUGGCACAGAGGAAGUGGCGGUGACAGCAGCGGUGUGUCAGUCAAUGUCGGCGCGCUGCAGGCCGGCAACCAGAUUCCUCUGCUGCAGCCCCUCCAGCAGUCGCAGCCGCUGGCUCUCUGCAGGGCGCUGUACAACUUUAAUCCAGAAGAAAUGAAACUGGAAGACAGUAAAUAUUGUCUCAGCUUCCUCAAGGGAGACAUCCUUACUGUCAUCAGACGGGUGGAUGAACACUGGAUUGAAGCCAGGCUAGGGGACAGAGUUGGAAUUUGCCCUCAGCAGUUUACAGAGCCAAACUCAGCGGCUGCCAAACUACUAGAGCGAAAGAGUCGGAGGGUGAGUGACUCAGCAGAAAUUCACCAUCGGACUGGGAGCUGGGGUAAAGACAAGGCCACUGACGCAUCCAGUAGGACCGCCCAUUACGGAUUCCCUCAAGCUCCAGCUAAGACACCCAUCCUCAAUGCUUUGCCCCUCUCCAACCAGCGGAAACAGCCCGCAGCCACCAGCAGCAACUUUUAUCGGACGACCAAAGGAGAGACAACCAACAUCGGCACCGUCAGCAGCUUCAGCCGUCAGGGUCAGCCACGCAACCAGUCUGCGCCCACUGCCGCCCAGGGCCACUCUCACCCCUCCAGAGUGAACUCUCAACGAAUCCGACGCCAAUCUGACACAACACAAAGACACCUGUUACAGAGUGAGAAGAGGAUGAGCAGUGAGCUUCCCCCCACCAUCUCUAUGGCUCUGGUAAACCCCCAAAUGUCAUCUGCCCCUGCCGAGAGCAAAAACUGCUCCACGCAGCAGCUUUCCAUCAGUGUGUGUGCCGUCCUGUACUCUUACAAACCACGACGGCCAGAGGAGCUGGAGCUGAGGAAAGGAGAGAUGGUGGGAGUGUAUGGAAAGUUCAAAGAAGGCUGGCUGCGUGGAUUGUCACUCAGAACGGGCAAAGUGGGUAUUUUGCCCAGCAACUACAUCACGCCUGUGCUCAGAACCUCAGCCAGACUCCUGGAGACCAAAGCAGCUAAUCUGUCCUCACAGUACAACACAGUUGCUGGAAAGAAACCUACCGCUGCCAAGAAUCCUGCUGUGGUCCUCGCUCUUGAUAGGGUGAACACUGAUGGAGCAAUAUACUCGACAGGACAGGUCCCUUCUGUGCCAAACGGAUCCCAGCAUGCAAUGUCAUCCACUUGCACUGGAAAACCUAGCUUCUAUGGGGGUUCACAAGGCUGGGACACUGUGAGGCGUAUCUUUAACCCUCAUAGAGGCUCAAAGCAUUUCUCCCAUACGUCCACUUUGAACGUCCCGUCCAACUCUCAGCACUUUGCACAAGUUCAGGCGUCUGGCUACUCACCUGCCAUGCAGAGGAAGAAAAACAGCAGCAUCCUGUCCAACUCUGGCAGACCGCUGGGAUGGAUGACUGAGCCAGCAGCACCCUCUGCUGCUGGAGUCCUGAAGGAAAGGGACUCCACUGCCACACAUGAGGCAACAUUUCAUCCAGAUAGACAGCCAACCAAUGGGCCUCACUCCAUUCUUGUCAGACCUGACUCACACAGGAACAAUACAGUCAAGCCUGCAAAGUCAGUGCGAUUCCUCACAGAUGAAGACUCCCCUCCUCCAAGGCCUCGGACCUCCUCCUGGUCCUCAGGAAAUCAGGUCCCUUCCAACUGCCGACCAGGCCUCCCUCUGUUAGAAGUUUGGGCCCCAUCCCUCACCUUGGGACGAGAUGGACCAGGGAUCAUUCUCAAAGAAGGAAAAGCCCCUAUUCUCAGGAAAGGCUUCGAAACACCCAUGUCAGACCUAAAUUCUAACCCACAAAAACCAAUAUCGUCACAGCCGUCGCUGUCAGCUGUAUCAGCUCAGUUCAGCCCCAGCAGACACAGAGUGACUACAACGCAUUUAGCCCAGUCGGACUCCGAGCUCAGUCUGCUUCAAGGAGAGCUCGUCCUCGUCCACAGACCUCGAGCCGACGGACGUGUUCUGGUUACUCAGGAGAGCAGUGGGCAGACAGGCUUGUUCCACAGCAGUGUUCUUCAAGCCCUUGAGAGGCUCAGCUGACUGUGUAGUACUACUGUAGUAGUGUAUAUUUCUAUAUUCCAUUUGUUCAAACUGCCAAAUGACCUGACUGACCUGCUGAACAACAAGAAGCAUGUUGAGGUCCAAAGGUUAAUGCUGCCACAUGACAAUCCUAUGAAGGAGGUGUUUUUUUUGUCCUGAGUGCAUAUGAGAGUGUAAUUAAAUUCUCCAGAGAUAUAUUUUGUGUCCUUCAACGUUUGUGCAUGUUUGUGACACAUGUACUAUUAUAACAUUUUGCACAAAAACCCACCUAAUGACUGUUCCUUGUUUACAUAUAUCUUGUUGAAUAACCCAUGUUACACACAUUGGUGAGUGCCUUUGUCAAAACCCACAAAGAAAACAAAUUAUAUUUAAAUAUAUUUAGAGAAAUUCUGAUGUAAAAUAUCUGUACUGCUUAUUGUGGUAAUAAAC